CCCCAGGACCCGCCGGCUGGAGAACCUGCUGCAGCGGGAGCUCAGCUUGCGUGUCAGGUCGCGUUCGGCAGUGGCGCGAGCUCCAGCGCGCGCACCUGUGGCCACUUCCCAGCCCUCCCUGCUUGCGCUCCGGGCCGCCGCAAGACCAGAAUGGCCACCCCGCCGAAGAGGAGCUGCCCAUCUCCCGCGACCGGCUCUGAGGGGACCCGCAUCAAGAAAAUUGCCAUCGAAGGCAACAUCGCUUCAGGGAAGACAACAUUCGUGAAUAUCCUUAAACAGGUCUGUGAGGAUUGGGAAGUGGUUCCUGAACCUGUUGCCAGGUGGUGCAAUGUUCAAAAUGCUCAAGGAGACUGUGAGGAACUGACGACAUCUCAGGAAAGUGGUGGAAAUGUUCUUCAGAUGAUGUAUGAGAAACCUGAACGAUGGUCUUUUACCUUCCAGUCAUAUGCCUGCCUCAGUCGAAUACGAGCCCAGCUUGCCUGUCUUGACAGCAAGCUCAAAGAUGCAGAGAAACCUGUAUUAUUUUUUGAGCGAUCUAUAUAUAGUGACAGGUAUGUCUUUGCAUCUAAUUUGUAUGAAUCUGACUGCAUGAAUGAAACAGAGUGGACAAUUUAUCAAGACUGGCAUGACUGGAUGAAUCAACAGUUUGGCCAAAGCCUUGAACUAGAUGGAAUCAUUUAUCUUCGAGCCACUCCAGAGAAAUGCUUGAAUAGAAUAUAUUUACGGGGAAGAAAUGAAGAACAAGGCAUUCCUCUUGAAUAUUUAGAGAAGCUUCACUAUAAGCAUGAGAACUGGCUACUGCAUAGAACACUGAAAACCAACUUUGAUUUUCUGCAAGAAAUCCCUAUCUUAACAUUGGAUAUUAAUGAAGACUUUAAAGACAAACAUGAUGGUCUGAUUGAAAAGGUCAAAGAAUUUUUGAGCACUUUGUGAUUUUGCUGAAGACUACAGGCAGCCAAAUGAUUCCAGAUAAUCAAGGAUGAUAAUUUUGUAGGUUAAACAUUCCAGAUGCACUGAUCUUUGAAAGGGAGACUUUGUCUCAAGUCCUACACUCACCAUGAAUAUUGAAACUAUUUCAUGAUAUUGUACGGGGUUUUUUGUUUAUGUGUGAUACAAAUGAAUUUUCUUACUAAAUAUUAGCUUAAUAAAUAAGUAUAAACCUCA